CCAUCAACCUGGCGCUUGCUCCCAAAUAACGACAAUGUAUGCGGCUCUGGUCGACACAUACGCAUUGCGACGCGGACGCCUUCAAUGGCAGUUCUGCAACCGCACCUUCUUCUUGCGUUACCCCGAUGCCAUCUCGGUACGUAACGCGACAUCGUAAAAAGUCAGCCUGUGCCGCCUUUUGAGAGUCUGUGAGAAAAUGGAUCACCGCCGACCAUAGACUUCUUGAAAGGUCAUUCUGCGCUGUCCUCGCCCAUUCAAAUCUCUCGAUCGCUGGCCAGCAACCAUCGUCACUUGGUCGGCAUGAAAUGCGGCAACGAGGCUAGAGUGCGAUAUCGCGCAUCAAGCAGCACUCGCAUUGGCUUCUGUGCACACUAUCGCUGGAUACGCUCGGCCGGACAAGCCAAAUCUGCACGUCCCGUCACCACCUUUCUCUGUGUCUGGGAGCACUCGGCAAUCCGAUUGAGAGGUUGGCAAACUGGAAGAAGCGCUUGCAGCCAAAGGCAGUCACACACAGCGACUUCGGCAACAACUCGAGCAGAGCCGAGAUACGAGAAGAUUUUCGACAACCAACGAGGCGGCUCUCAAGCUUUUGCACAGACACCAGCUUCGACACUGAGACAUGGCGACAUCGAGCGUGCCACGACGCCUCCCUGCGACCAGCUCUGCAGCGGCCCCUUAGGCUUGAGAUUCAGUCAGCACAAACUUUGCCAGUGACAACCAGUGCAUCACCAGCUGCAGCGACACUAGGUUCAGCCAUCUUAUGUGACGAUCUAUCCGGUGCAGCACCAGUCAAGGCAACCCUCGCAAUGAAGCUGAUUGCAAUUGUCACUCUGCCCAUUGACCCACCGCACGAGCCCUUCUCAUUCGGCGCGAAAUAGCUUCCACCACCUGUCUCCAAUUGGGCUAUCAAGACGACACGGCAGACAACACGCUCAUCGACCCUAGAAGCACUGCGCCUUAGGAAUCUCUUCAGCGUUCGCUCAUCCUGACAAGCGCCACCAGAGCCCGUCCAGCUAUGUCGAAGGCUAAACAACAAUCAGAGCUUCAGCUCUUUGGCUGGACCUCAGCCAGAUGCUUUUGAUCAACGCUCUCGCGGCCAGGUUCGACGCAACUCCGAGGAUGCUUCAGCAGCAGUCGAUCACAGUCACGAUCAACGAGUGACUUGUCUAUACGUGCACGCGUAGCUGUAUCCCGUCAUAUCCCGCGCCGUACCGCACGCGCAAGUGCAUUUACAGCGAGAGACGCACAAAUGUCUCCCCGAGGAAGCUGCAAUAUGCAGAGAUGGUGGGUUGUCACAUCGCGUCUCUCCUCGUUCAUCGAGGACGCGUGAUUCACCUGCAAUUCUCGCAUGGAAAGGCAAGCUUUCACGUAGCUCAGUAUCUGGCAAAUGCCUCACUUCCGUUAAAAAGUGAUAUCAGAUUGAUCCGAAGACACAUGGCGCGUGCCCAGCUCCUGCUAUUGCCAAGCACGCCUCGAUUGCGGUGAAGGUGUGACUUAACGUAUCGCCAGCCGGCCCACGAUAUCAAAUCAUCCUAACGAGACGCAUUAUGCUGUUCCCGCUUGACAUCAAGAUUGGUGAAACCAGCUCAACAGCAACAAUAGUAGAGGGAAUGAUUUGCAAGAAAUACCUUGAUCGUGUCUCUUUCAUUGCUUCGACCUCAAAGAGGUGCUGAGCUUCGAAUCAUCACAGCAAAUGUAGAUUCUUCUUUUCGAGGCACAAGUAGAAACUGUCAGAUGAACAUCCUUGGU